ACCUGGGAAUAACAGGGACCGCCCCCGUGAAACCUCGGAGUGGGCGUGGUUUGACGUCAUAACGUAUAGUGUUGUUACGUAAACCGUUCGGCGCAAAAAUUCAAACGCUGUACAGGAAGAAAAAGUGCAGCUUGCUCUGUUGUCUGUAUCUCGUAUUACAAACUAUAACGACACGCAAUAAAGUCACAUCGGAUUUUAGACAAUUCGAGUUAAGAUGAGUGCAGCCUCCACACCAGUCUCCCGGAUACGUCCAGGCUGGACGGCGUCCUCCUUGAAGAACAAGGGUGUGUCGUCCCCUGUAAGCUGCAGCACCCCGCUGCUGGCAGCCUUCAAUGAUGAUGAUAGGGAACGACGUCAGCGCCGGAGGUCAAGGGUCAUUGAUCUUCAAUCUGCCAAUGACUCCUCCAUUACUGACUCUGCUUCUCAUAGUGCUGCGGGGACUCCUGCUGCCGUGCCCAAACUGUCAAAUGCACAGAUCUCAGAGCAUUACUCUACUUGCAUAAAACUCUCCACUGAGAAUAAAAUCACCACCAAAAAUGCCUUUGGUCUGCAUCUGAUUGAUUACAUGGCUGAUAUUCUCAAACAGAAAGAUUCUGAGCUCACAAACUUCAAGGUGGCAGCUGGCACUUUGGACGCCAGUACAAAGAUCUAUGCUGUGAGGGUAGAUGCUGUUCAUGCUGAUGCCUACAGGGUGCUGGGUGGCCUGGGGGCCGAGACUAAACCUGGAGAAGGCCAUGGUGUGACGGAGGAAGACGGAGAAAACGAAGGGGGCGCAGCAGGUGAUGCGACUGCCAAGCAGCCGAAGAAAAAGAGACCUCCUAAGAGGACAGUGGAGCAGAACCUGAGCAACAUCAAUAGUGCAGAGUCUGAGAGGAAGUGUGAGGUGGACCCCAUGUUUCAGCGGAUGGCCACGUCCUUCGAUGAGAGCAGCACGGCCGGCGUCUUCCUGUCCGUUCUCUUCAGUGAGAACAGUCGAUGUGAGCUGCUGUUUCCCUCCUACAUGACCCUCCUGCAGUCCAGACCCUCAUACUCUCCUCCACCCCCACAGGGAGUCCCUGCAGCCCCAUUCAUGGCCGGACUACAACGUUCCAAGGAGAAAAACUCCAUCUGCCCCUCGCUGCAGGACUUCUCCUUCACUAGCUGGAACCCUGAGCAGACCAUGAAUCAGCUCUUGGACAAGAUGAAGCAGGGCGAACACGUGUUUGAUGUGAAUGCCGAGCCUGAGCCUGAAGAGGAUGACUGCCCUGACUAUGACGCCGACUAUGAGGAGGGAAUGGGUGACUGUGAGGAGAGAGCCAAGGAGUACAAGGAUGGCUGUGAGGCCUCUGGCUCUGGCAAAGGAAGGGAUGUGAUUCCCAUCGGAGAGGGAGACAUCGCCACUAUGUGUCUGCAGCUGUCCUCUCAGCCCAGGGAGUACUCAUACUUCAGCCCCAGGACCAUGGCCACGUGGGCGGGACCCGGCUACUGGCAGUUCAAGCCAAAGCACAAGUUGGACCAUUUGCCUGACAAGGAGACACGUAAAAGAAAGCCCAAGAAGACCUUUGAAAUUGACUUCAAUGAUGAUGUCAACUUUGACACCAACUUCCGCACCACGAGAGCGGCUACUACCAACAGCAAGUCUGCUCUCACUGCAAGCAAUAGGAAAACCACUCUGCCAGCAGACUUCCAGUUUUCCCCGGAGACGCUCUCCCAGCUCAACCUCAAACCCUCCAGCUCGUUGAGUCAAGAAGGCCAGAAGAGGCUGUCUGGAGAGCUCGGAGAAGCCAUUGGAGACUACGACUACAACAACGCCAACGACACGGCCAACUUCUGUCCAGGUCUUCAGGGGGGCGACAGUGAUGAUGAUGUCGAAGGGUUUGCCGGUUCAGACGAUACACAGCCUUCAGGUGACAGCAUACCUCCGCCCUCACAAGAUCUAGAGGGCAUCUCAACCUACGGGGAGGAGGAUCUGGUACCUGAACCACACAGGGUCAACAAGAUUGAGAUUAAUUAUGCUAAAACGGCAAAGAAAAUGGACAUGAAGAGACUCAAGAACAGCAUGUGGACACUUCUGGCCGAAAGCCCAGAAAACCCCACAGAGGAGGCGGAUACUGUGGAGAAACCAGAAGUGUGUGGGGAGAAAGUCUUUAGUCAGACUACAAAGACGCUGCUUCAAAGAUUGCCAAACAGCAUGGCUCAGAACCUUUCGGUGCCUCUGGCUUUUGUCGCACUGCUUCAUCUUGCCAAUGAAAAGAAUUUGGAGCUGGUGAAGGUUGAUGACAUGUCUGAUAUCAUCAUCAGACAAGGCCACUGAGAAGAAUAAAAUGAUGGGAUGAUUAAAAUGAUGGGAUGAUUUAGGGAGAAUUGCUGCUAUUCUCCACCUGUUCAUCGAUGUUACUCUUUACUAUAUACUAUCAGGUGUAUCUCUGUGACAUUCUCUUUAGAUUGUAUAGUGUUUUAAUAAUUUUCUAGCAAAUACAAUACGUAAUAAGGAACUAUUGAAAAGUCAAAACUGCCUCUAUUUGAAUAGCAUUUGCCUUUCCUUUUAUUCUGUACUCUUGAUGCUUAUCCUGUGUGUAGAUAAUUUAACUGCUCACCCACUGCACAGAAAAUGUAUAUUUUCAAAAAAUAAAAGCCUUUUUU